UACCCGUCUAAGGAGUAUCUACGCAUCUCUUAUCGGUUGUCUCUUCCCCGUCGCGCGCGUCAUCUCCGAUAUCUCGAUACACCAUCGUGGGCGCUUAAUCGAUCAUCGUGAAAACGCUUUUCUCUCUCGCUCCGGAAGCUCGCUAUUCCCGCGCGAAUCGCCGGAAAAUUCCGCACGUCUGUCCCUACGGAGAGAACAAGGGAACGCACACGAGUCUUACCCACGUUCCUCGUGGCACGUGGCGCCGGAGGAAAGCGACAGAGAAGGUAAAGAGGACGACUCGCCAAGCGGAGGCACCUGUGAAAUCGGGGUCGCUCGUCAACGAAAACACGUGGCUACGCAUCGGCGGCGAUCUCGCGAGCCUGUUACUCGGGAUCUGCCUCUGUCACGAGCGCUCGCCGGUACAGGGACGAUAGGGUACCACGCGAAUCAGCGGACGGCGUCGAGCAUUGUCACCCUGGGAAAGCACCGGACGAGGUGUAGCGAAACAUCUGCGGGGUACCUGUAAACCCGACGAUCAGUCCAAUAUCGAUUCGGCGGGCGACUUUGCGGAGCACUUUGUGAUCUACUUUGGGGCCAGCGCCGUUUGUUUGUUUGUUUGUUUGUGCAUGGGACACAAGCGCACGCGGGUGCCCUGAAGAGAAGAACGGUGGCGUGGCGCCGGUAACCCCUGUGAGACUGGCAUCAUUAAAGUUGAUCCGCGGAAACAAUCAUACGUCGUCUCGAUGGUGGAGUGUGCUAAUGUUAUAUAAUAGCAUGCAGUUCGCAUAUCGUUACACGUGGAAUCGAGAGAUCAUCGUCAACUCCCAGAAGCUCGUGAAAAGACGUUGAAUAACGGCCGAUUCAUCGCGAUUACACGUGGGAGGAUCGCACGUUCUUCUACGUCUUCGUACGAGCUGCGGCACGCUACGUCGGCGCUACUGGAGGAACGAUCGUAUCGGAACCACCGGCCCUUCCCAACCAUCUACACUAGAUACACACUCCCACCUGAUCUCUCUUCUCUCGUCCCUUUAACAAGGAAAACACACCGCGCCACGCGCAAUUACCAUGGCUGCCUUAUGUUACAGCGAACCCUUCUCGGAUUGGUUGGAGGAAAAGAUAGAGCUGCCUAUCUGUAUAUUUGAAAAUGUACCACCCAUUUUCGAAAUCAACCAAAACAACAAAUCGCCGAUAUCCUCUGCCGUCGUCUAUCAGACUGCCGCGAAGAUAUCGCAACAGCAGCAACAACAACAACAACAACAACAACCGCAACAUCAUCAACAACAACAUGAGAAAACGCAAACCCUCUUGCAGGAAUUCGAAACGGUUUUGGGUGAUGUCGAAGCUUGCCAUCAGACCAUUCCGCCAACCAGUUCGACGCUCACUCCUCCGCAAUCACCCUCGCAUCAAGCGAUCAAUGUGGACACGCAGCUGCUGGUCACCCUGCAGCCCGUGCAACCGUUCGCUGGCAAUCAACAGCUAUACAACAUUGCUCCAGCGGAAGAGCCAUUGUACGUGAACAAUUCGUCACGUCAGUGGAACGCCGAGAACAUAUCGCUGAGUCCACUCGGCGGGGAUGUUGCGAAUGAGUUGGCGGUAGUGGAUGAAUACGUUCGCUCGCAAGAUAUACCGUCUCCCGUAAGCCCGUGCAGCUCCGGUGGCAGUUGCAUCUCGGCCGACGAUUCCACCGACGAUCCCGAUUGGAGUCUCGAAACCGAGACAAGAAGCCUGAAACAAACGGUUCACGACUCUUCGAAACAUCGCUACAAGCCGUACUCUCGAUCGUCUCUCGAAGACAAGAAGGUGCGAAAGAAGGAGCAGAACAAAAACGCGGCCACGCGUUACAGGCAGAAGAAGAAGCAGGAGAUCAAGGAAAUACUAGGCGAAGAGCGCGAACUGGCGGAGCACAAUGAGAGUUUGAAGGAGAAAGUGAAGAACUUGCAGCAGGAGAUAGGAUAUCUGAAGGGAUUUAUGAGGGAAGUGUUCAAAGUCAAAGGUUUUCUCAAAUAAUCCAUUCGUCCAGGAACCCUCACCGCCGUAACAAUUUGAUGAUCUUAAUUUUAUAGCGAUUUCGGUCUGCACCAUUGUGCCACACUAGUGCACAGUUUAAAGCUGGUGCAAAUGGGGGGUGCAAUUACACCAACUGGCUCCAAUUUGUGAGAGUCAGUUUGUGUACAUCCAUUGCAGUAUACCGAGUCCAGACGAGCACGCGGCACUGGCGAGAGAUCAUUCGACCAGCGAAAUUCGACGCAACACCCGAAAUGUUCAAUCGAUGCAUCCCAGCCGAAAUCGCUACUUAGAUAUAUUUGAUAAUUUUAUUUUUAGAUAUUUACUCUCUUUUUGCCACUAACUAUUUUACAAUUGUACUAAUAUUUACUCUUGUUUCAUGUUAUUCAUUCGUGAACUUACUUAACAAGUAUUUUAAUAGGUAUUUUAUACGUAAUAACUUGUCCGCAGCUUUUUAAAGAAUUUCUACAGACUGUCUCUUUUAGAAUAAAAUGUACAAUCCCUAAUCUACUCAAGAGCGGAGGUCCAUUAACAUCGGCGGUGCGUUAGGUAACUCGUGUGUAAAUUGAGCAUGCGCGUGAAGUUCUAAGCGAAACCUGCUUGCUCGUGCACAUUCCACCAAGUUAUCUAUCGCACCUCUCUCGGAUGCGAAUCUUUUCAUUCCUAUUAAUUUUUACCCUUUAUUGCAUAGUUAUACUUUCAUACGGCAAAUUAUGUAGCAAACAAUAAAUGGGUUCAAAUGAA